CAACUACUGACUAUGAACAAACGGUUGGAGCACAUGAAUUUGUGAGCGUCGCGGUCGGUAGCUCGGGUAGUGAAUAAACAAACAUUAGUACAUUCAUUAGUCAAUACCUUAAGUGACAGAAUUAAAGUUGUAAAAAAAAUAUAUACCUAUAUUAAAAUUAUGCUAAAUAUAAUACCUAUAAAUGCUUCGUUCAAUAAACAAUUAGCUUCAGAUUAAAAAAAAAUUGACUUAAUAUCUUUUGCAAUGAAAACGUAAAAUAACACAACCUGUUUGAAACCAACCUAUACCAACAUCCCAAACAAUUGUCAUUCAAUUUCGUCGAGAACGGUAUCCUCUAGAGCACUGCAUUCAAUGAAAAAAUACAGUACCACUUGUGAAUCAAAUGCAUUAAAGCAUACAAUUAUGAAAGUAAAGAUGUUAAUUGCUAAAAAAAAUAUUUACCUAUGAGUAUAUAGAAUAUCACCUUUAAGAUAAUUGCAUACAAAAUUGGAGAGAGAGGGAUAGAGAGAAAAUUAAGUGAUAAUAAUAACCAAACAUCAAGCACAACAAAAUUAUAAGCUCCUUCACCGUUCCGUCGUCGUCAAUGCAAUAUAAAGUGUUGUUAGUGUUUGUGCCAACCUCUCAUCGACCCCUCUUCAAACAAAAAAAAAACGUUUUGCAUGUUCAUAUGUGUGUGUUAAUCUUUUUCUACCUUUAUCGUUCGCCACAACAUUGCAUAUAAUAACAAAAAUUGUCGUUGAUUUUCUUUUACGGUGAAUCUUAUCUCCAAAUAGAACGUUAUUUGCAUAAAAAUAAAUUGAAUUUGAAUUUCCUAUCUAAAAGUUUUUUAUUUGGCAAAACCAAGUAUGUUUUAGAGCCGGCACAGCACAGCUGCAUUACGUGAGCCUAGUAGUUGUGAAUUUUUGAGCGCCUGUGUGAAUAUGUGUAAUAUCGGUGUUAACAACAACAAAAUAAUUUGAAUAUUUGGCAUCAUUUGGAAUAUUCGCUUAACAUAGCAUUUUGGAUUACUAGCAAGUAUAUCAGCAGCAAAAAAUAGAAGAUUACCCAAAACGAAUGCCAAAGUUUUGAGAUCUGAAACAAAAGAUAAGAAAACAAAAAAAAUCAUAUUAGUGAGCUAUCGAUCCAGUCAUACACCGACACCCAUACAACAGGCCAUAUGAAAUUUUAUUUAAAUAAUAAUUAACUCAAAAAUACCAAAACUAAAACAACCACCUAUCCGCAAGCACAACAAACACGAUUUUAACAUAAGUUUUUGGAAAGAAUUUUCAAAACUUGUUGCUGCACAAAGAAGUAGUACUCGUAGUUGGCACGAAUAAAAAAAUCAAAAAAAAAGUUUAAAAGUAAGCAACAAAAUUGCACAAAAAAUAUAUCCAUGAAUUAAGAAAAUUGCCUCGCCAUACAUGCAAUUGAAAAAGUGAAUGAAUAAAAAAAUUUUAAAGUGAAGUGGCAUUCCUUAUUAUUUUAAGUUAAAUUUAAAAGUUUUAAUAUAGCAAUAGCGUGUUUAGUGUUUGCAAGAAAACCAAUAAAAAAUCUAAAGGCUUCUCUUUCCCUCUCCUCUAUAAUAAAAUCAGUGAUUAAUUAGUGGAGAAAUAAAACUUCCUCUGAAUAAAAUCAAAAUCAAAAAAAACCCACACGAACGUCUUUGUAAAAAUGCCAGAAAAUGCAUAAUUUUUCGCAAUCUCUCAAUUGAGAAGUGAAGAAAAAAAGAUUAUUUUGUGAAUUUGUGUUGUAAAAAAAAUACAAAAAAUACAAUUUGAAUUUAUCAUGUAAUCAAAUGCCAAAUGCAACAUUCCAUGGAUUGUGGUUUUUAACAAGACGAACGAGCAUAACGAAUAAAUCCAAAUCCAUAUCCAACGCCCUAGUCCUCUCGCUGGCGUGUUGUGAGGGGCCUCAUGGUUGAGGUGGCUUCUUCAGUAGGGAGUGGGGCAUCAUUUUAUUGCAUGUGGUUACAAUAAGUUGCCCAUUUUUUGUGCUUUGAAAACAAACAAAAAAAAACAAAACCCAAAAAUAUUUAUUUUGUUUUUCUUGUGGAUUUUUGGCGUUAUUUAUUCUCUCCAAAAAUCAGUUCACUUGGUGCAUAAUUUUUAUCGACCACCACCAGCAACAUCAAUAACAACAACAACAUCGAUAGCCACCACUUCACACCAUUAAUUUGUUAUAGCUGCUAGCAGUGGCAGUUUAUUUAUUUUAUUGUUUGAAAAAUUCCAAAAUCAAGCGACAAUUUUUUCCUCGGAAAAAUAUAUAAUCCACCACCCCUUCACCGCCCUUCCUUUCCCCAUAAUGGAUGUUUCUGAGGCAUUGCCAUCAUCGCCACGGCAACAUCAACAAACAAAUGAGCCAUUGUCAUCCGGCGAAAUGUCAUUAACUCCCACAUUGCAGCCACAAACACCAACAUCAACAAUGACAGGUAUGGCAACAGCAACAACACCGACGACACCAUCAACAGCUGCUGUUGCUAUUGCUGCCAUAACAACGCCAGCACUAGCAACCAUAACCACGCCGAGGACAGCCACUCAUACACCGCGAGAAAUACCCACCAUGUACAUAUUGGAUGAUCUUUAUGACGAUGAUUAUAUAGAUCAAUCCCGCCAUAAACCAAUUAACAGUUACAAUACCACAACGCCUACGGAAACUCCAGAUCCUUCAGUCAGCAUUCAGCUGGCUCCAUGCCCAAUUUGUUCGCGGACUUUCAAUCCCGUAACUCUGCGUAAACAUGUGGGCAUAUGCGAGAAAAUGGCCACCAAGAGGCGUAACAUUUUUGAUUCGUCACGUCAAAGGAGAGAAGGAACUGAAUUGGCUACAUAUCCAUUGCCGAAAAAUUUCGGUUUACCUGAGAAAAGUUCCAGCAUCACCUUGACAAGGACGAGAAGCGAAAGGGGACAAUCACCAAAUCCACAACAGCAGAUAUCCUCCCCCAUUAUGCAACGCAAGAAACCCUCGGAAGAAUUUAUUCGAUCUACAGCACGUUCAUCAAUGCGUAAAUUGUCAACAUCAUCAGCCAACGAUGGUAUGACCACUUCCAGCAAUUUUAGUCGUGAUCGUUUAAGAUCCUCAGAACGCUCUCUGACACGUCGUGGAGCCAUGCAAACUCAAUUACCCUCCGAACAGUGUCCUCACUGUGAUCGUUGCUUUGGUUUAAAGGCCUAUGAUCGCCACGUGGAAUGGUGCAAGGAGAAGGCCUUACAAGCUUCGAUAAAACAACAGGCAUCUAAUAAAACUGAGGAGAAUGUGGCAAAGGCACGUCUGGAGGCAAGAACCAAAUAUCGAGCGCCUUGCUUAAAAACUAAACGCUCUAUGAAUCGCGAUAAAUAUUCCGGUGCAGCGGGAGAUGAAAACGAAGACAGUCCUAAAUCAUUAAAGAUUGGCAUGAAAUCCCAUGAUACCAGUUUAAUGUCCAUGUCUAUGACAUCAUCAAUGACCAGUGAAAGCAAAACAACAACGACCUCAACGAAACCAACAGGAAAUAUUAAUGAAGCAUCUGAGAAAUCAGCAGCAGCACCAUCAACAUCUCCUACUACUCCUCCUCAAACAACAUCCUCAUCUACAUUGUCUUUCCAUAGUAAUAAGCAAAAACGUUCACGUGACAAAAGUCCACAACCACCUUCAACGCCGUUGGCUAAUGUCAAAGAAGAAGAGGACGAUCUUGCUGCUUCAGAUUCAAUAGAAAAUUGCGAAAUGGAAAUGCCAGAUUUCCGUUUGAUGGGUGAACAGAUGACAACAUCCGUCAGCUCCACCACCAUUGACAUCGUCACCAAUGCCACUAACACCAAGAAAAUUGACAAAGACAAGCCUGCAACUAAAAACAAAGAAAAAUCCAAUAUUCCCCCAGCUGCAGCGGCAGCUACGGCCAAGCAUCCAUCCAAACAGCAAAGCAAAAGCGUGCUAGCUGAUCAUAAAUUUCAAGCGGAUGUCAUGCCGGGGGUGCCGCCAAAGAAAAAGACACCCAGUGAUUUGUCCCUGAAAUCAAUGAGACACACAAUUUUGAAGCAAGCGCCACAAAAUGGCAUGGAAACCGCUCACAAAGAAAUAGGUGGUGGAGUUGCGACAGUUCAACCUAGCCUAGAUGAUCAACGUAACACCGAAGAACACCCAUCUCCGAAAACAAAAGUUGAGUUAGCCAAGAGUUUGACUUUUUAUGCUUCACCUCCUAAAAAAUUGGGUGAAAAAUCAAAAUCUUUAUCACAAGAACAAACCAAAAUUUCCAUGGAAGAAUAUUUUAUUACAGAAGACAACAAAAGCCAAGAAGUAGAAAAGGAAGCAGCUAGCAAGCAUGCACCUAGAAUUGCUCCCCAUUAUACGGAUAUGAAUGAAUGCCAUGGCAAAGAAAUGCAAGAAAAUCGAGUAAUGGGAUCUAAAAAAGUCAUAUCUUCUAGAAAAGAGAUAAAGAAAACACAAAGACUAGAAAAGCCAUUGAAAGAAGAGUUUAAAAUAUCCACGCGGGUCAAAAAGCAAACGGGCAUUAAGCAGUCUACUUUGGUGCGAAACGAUAAACGCUAUACAGAGACAAGGCAGCCAAAGCUUAAAAGGCAGGAGUCUAUCUUUGAUGAAAAGUAUAUCAAUGAUGAUGACGAAGAUGAAGAUUUGCAGCAAUUGUAUUUGGAUGAACUUAAAAUAAGGCCUCAAUUGAAAAAUCUGUUAAAAUCCCUUUCCAAAGAAAAAUCAUCUUUGAAGAAAUUAUCUUUGGCAACUAAACGUCAAGCUCCUGAGAAGAAAGAUAUUAUUCGGCAGUCUUCAAUAGCCGAAAGAGUUAGACCAACUUAUAAGUUUGGCAGAACUAUAACUGAAGAUAAUUCUUCUUUUACAGAAGAAAAUUUGCAUAGGUCCAUGAUUUCUAAAGAAUAUAUUAAAGAAAACGAAGAAAACUCUUCGUUAAUCGCAGGAGAUAUGGCAGCUCUAAACUAUGGCAAUACUAUUUCUAAAGAGUAUUCAAAGGAAAAUGAAAAAAAUUCUUCACAUAAGUUUUCAACAACGUUCUCUAAAGAACAUUCCAAAGAAAAUCAAGAAAACUCCAAGCGUUUUAAAGAUUUUCCUCAAGAAAAACUCCAUAAAUAUAUAAAGGAAGAUGAAGAUAAUUCUUCAUUAGCCAAAGAAGAUAUAACAACUCAUAAGUUUUCCCCAAUGGUUCCUAAAGAAUAUUCCAAGGGAAAUCAAGAAAACUCCAAGUGUUUAAAAGAUUUCCCCCAAGAAAAAAUUAAUAAAUCAUUUCAAACUGCAUUGUCUAAGAAAACUUUCCAGGAACUUGAUAUAUCAGACAAAAAUAGUUCGUUUGCUUCCACGCCAAAAGCAGCUUCCCAGACUUCUAGCAAAGAGAUUUUACAAAGAGCUUACAAAGCUUUAGAGAAAAUGCAACGACAAUCGGAAAAUGAGGAUAACGAACAAAUUGCCAAGAAAAUGGGGGAUAUUCCAAAAGGGCUAUCUAAAGAACAAACAGAAAAAAAUGUUUUAAACUCCAUCGAAAUACCUGAAAUCAGAGAUCAAGAAGAAGAUGAGAAUCCCCAAGAACAACAUAAAAGUUUGAAAUCCUGCAUCUCAACAACAGAGUUAUUCAUUCAAAUUGAUUCUGAUACAGAGGAGGAAUUCAUAACCCCUCCAGAACAUCCCAAUAUGAGUGCUGAAGAUUUUCAAAACUCUAAGUCCAGCUUUCGAAGAUUUAGUCCACCCAUAAGGAAAGUCAAGCCAAAUGUAUCAACAAUGAAGGACAAUAUCCAAACCAAAAAGAUAUCAUCAACUAAAGUACAAGACAUUAAAACCCCCGCUUCGACUCCACAAUCAUCACGCUCCUCAAAAGUUGGAACACCUUCUGAGGAUUUACAUUCUCAAUCUAAAAUAUCAUCAAACAUGGAAAUUAAAACAACCAUGAAGAUUCCACUAACCAAAGGAAAGGAAUGCAAAAUCCCUGUUUCUGCUUCACAAACACCACGACCCAGUAAAAUUCGAGCUUCAACUCCUCCUCCAACACAAAGUGAGUUUUUCAAUGCCACUCCACGCUCUAUGGACUCUUCCAGCUUAGCUUAUAAACGACCCAUCAAAUUGGAAAUUAGUCCCGUUAAAACUUUAAGCAUUGGUCGACCUCAACGUAAACGUGUGCCCUCAGAAUCCUAUGCUAGCAACACUACUUUACCCAUGAAGGCUGUGCCCUUAAAUAGAGAGUUCAUAGAAAUUUCUAGAAUUUCAUCGGCUUACGAAAUUUCUCAGGAGGAUACAAAAGAACAUCCAAGAGAGUUUAAUAACGGCAGCAACAAAGAGUACCAGGAACCUAAGAGAGAGGAAGUAUCACAGGAGUAUGCUGAAGAAUCUGAUUCCAAUGAGUUCUCCACGUACUCUAAUAAUGACAAAAGCAAAGAGAAUCAGGAAUCUGAGAGAAAGCAUUUAUCUCAGGAGAAUGCUGAAGAAUCUAAUGACACUGAUGUCUCCCUGAAAAGUAUAGAGGGGAUUAAGGUGGCUAAUGAAACAUCACCACCACGCUUGCUACGCAGUGAUUCGUUUGUAAUAAGAACUACCAAAAAUAGAUAUAGUGACCUCACCAAAGUGGAAGAUAUGCUGGGCAACAAUCAGAAGCGGGAAAUUUUCAUUAGUAUUGAAACCGAACAAAAUGAUUUGGACAAGUCUCCCAUAUCCCCCAAUUCCAUUCGUCACAUGACGGGCAAUCCGCAAUGCGUGGUGGAGGUGGAAGUCGAUGCCAGCGAUAAUAAGUUCAGUAAAAUCAGUGAUGAUGAUGAACAACACCAGCCCUUGGAGCACAGCCAUGCUGGUCAUGGCCAUGGCCGCAAUCUAUCAUCUGGCCUCAGUCGAGCAAUGGCAGGAACCGCAGCAGCAGAUAUCGGAGUCGGAGGAGGUAAUCACUUUAAUGGUCAUUUUCUAGAUCAUCAUCACUUACCCAAUGUUCAAUUGAAUAACGCUAAAAAUCUUAUACAACAAAUGCAAAAAGAUUUCCACGCCAACCUGCGGCAAUCACUGGACCAGCAAGAUCGAUCCUCAAUGCAGACGACUGCCGCGGACAUGAUGGCAAUGAUGAUGCAACAAAGCAAUAAUCGUGGCAAAGCUCACAAGGCCACUGGCACGCCCAGUGGUGAUGCUUAUGCCGAUUCCGAUGAGCUUAGUAGUUUGGAUGGUUACCCAUUGUCGUCGCCGAACUCACGACUGGGUGUUAGUUCGAAAACGAGUGCAGACUCAGCCUAUGGGAGUCUCUCUCGCCAACGUUCAUCCGAACUAACCAAUCCACGCAAUUCUAGUCGCAAUCGAACCUUGCCUGCUAACGCUGGAGGGAAUGUAGUGCUUAGUCGUCCACUUACAGAGGAACGUGCCCGUCAAUUGAGUGCCUCAUCCAGUAGUAGCUCGGAGCAUGCCUUACCACCGAUCGGUGGCAAUAAUAAUUACCAAAAACAACAACAUGUGACACAAAUGUAUAACAAUAAUAACAUCAACAAUAACACCAGCAGCAACACUGGCAGCAAUGCCGCCAACAACAUGGAGGAUAUGUUACGGUAUGAACGCAAUAAUAAUUUCGAUGUACCUAUACAUCCUACCACGGGAGGACUAACCUCGCCAGUAGUAGCAACAGCACCAACAACAGCCAACCAACAGCAGCACUAUGGGCAUCAUCUACAUCAUCAUGCAACAAGUCAUGAGCCAACACCCAUGAGCUCAACCAAUCAAUUGUAUGGCUCAAACUCCACCAUGAGUUCAAGUAUGAAAAUGUCUAAAUUUUGUCAUGAAUGUGGCAGUAAAUUUCUCUUAGAUCAGGCUAAAUUUUGUAUGGAUUGUGGGGUUAAACGUAUCUGUUUGUAAAAGUCUCGUUAAGAUGGGGCUAAGCGAAUAGUAAUGGUAGUGCAAUAAUAUGCAGUAUAAUACACUAAUGUAGGCAUACUUUGGUGGUAUGCUGUUACAAGAAGCCUCAUGUGCAAUAAUUGUUGGUUUCAAAGCUGGCUGGGCUGGUCUGGUCUGGUCUGUUCUGAACUGGGCCUUAAAAGUAUACACACACACAUAUAUAUAUAUUUUGUUAUAAAAUCAAAUGCUAACCAAAAUUAAUAUUUAGCUAACUGUAUACCUAUAAUAAUUUAUACAUAUACAUACACCCUAUGUGAAAUAAAUCUAAAUAAUAUUAAAUAUUUAUAAAAACAAAGAAAGAUUUCUAUAUUUUUCUAAUUAUUCACCCUUAACCGAUUGAUUAUUGAUAUUGCAGAGACAGUGAAUAAUAUUUGUAUGUAAUUCAUUUAGUUUUUUAUUUAGUUUUUUAGACAUGUUUCUCUAACCCACAUAGAAAAGAAGAAGAAAGUUUAUACAGUUUCUCUUUUUUCAAGAACAAAAACUAAUUAUCAACGAUGUUAUGAUUCGAAAUGAAGCGAAUUUGGAAGAAUAACCACCAAAUUAACGAACAAAAUUUAUUAAUAAAAGCGAAAGGAAAACACAAAAUGAAACGAAAUGUUUUUAUCAAAAAACUUUGACGGUCGUAUUAACAAAACUUAAUGGAGCUUUAAAAAAAAUUUAUUGGAAAAAUCUAAAAUGGAAAUAUGUCAAAUAAACCAAUUUCAAAGCUUCAUUAAGUUUUGUGAAUACCGUUGAUAGUUUAAAACAGAUUUAAUAUAAUAUCUAGACAUUAUUAACUGAACAGAGCAAAAAAAAAU